GCCAUGCUCUACUUUUCUUCUCUACGUCCACCACUUCGUUUCCGGCCGCCUUCAUCUUGCUAUCGUCCCUUUUCCUUUACCCCCAACACACGGUUCAUAAAACCGACAAGAUAUCUUCGCAAUGUUCCGCCACAAUCCCAGCUCAGGCCUCAAGCAAUUCCAUCGUUCAGAGAGCAAGUCGCACGCGUUACACCCAUCAAGUCGUUCGCAGACUCAAUUAAACGGCCGAAGAUCCUCAAACAUAUAAUAACGAGCAUUCUUGCAUCGGGUGCCGUCUAUAUUGUAGCGGCAGGACAGACGAACAUCGACACUGCUUUCUGGGCCCAAUUUCUUCCUUCUUUUAAUCCAAUAUGGUCCAUGCGAUCACCCACAUCGGAGGACAUGCAUAGAAUGCGAGAUGGAAUUCUUUUGAAGAAAAUCCAAAACCAAGUCGAUAGUCUCGCCGCCUAUAUGGCCUCCUACCCCGUAAUCAUUAAACAAUUUGUCGUACACUGCUACGCCGCUAUCGGCGAGAACUACAUCAACUCUUCCGAGGGGCGAAGAUUAGCGUGGGGCGUCGGGGCUGCCAGUUUCGGGAUCUGGUUGGCGUGGCAGGUGCCGAGGUUCAAUCCGUGGUUGAUGAGAAACUUCGCGCAUAGUCCAUUGAGCGGAAGGACGUAUACAUUGAUGACAAGUGUAAUCAGCCAUCGAGGGUUUUUACAUUGGUUCUUCAAUAUCACGGCGUUGAGCGGUUUUGGUUCUGCCACAUCCAAUUGGAUGAGACGAGAGCAAUCACACGCGCCCUCCGGGAUGCAAGAAGCGACUACGAGCAAUCAUUUCUUCGCUUUCCUGGUCACAGCCGGCCUCUUCUCAUCCCUUUGCUCUCACAUCUACUCCGCACGGUUCAAAUUCUCGCGCAUAAUAUCUCAACUAUCUCGUCCCCCGCCCUCAAUCACUCCUUCCACGUCCCGCCCCUCUCUCCUUCGUCGUCUCUUCUCAUCCUCUCCACCGCCCUCGACGCCACCAGCCUCGGACGCCUCCAAAAUCGCAGAUGCCCUCCGUCCAUCGCUAGGUAUCUCAGGAGCUGUAUGGAGUUGUGUCAUGAUCACCGGACUCGCAUUCCCGGAUGCACAAGUCCGGAUGUUCUUUGACGGAGCACCGCCGUUCUCGAUCAAGUGGGCUAUAUAUGGAGGUUUGGGCUUUGAUAUUCUCGGCCUGAUUUACGGUUGGAGACGCUUUGACCAUGUGGCCCAUCUCGGCGGCGCGCUCUUCGGUGCGUUGUACUUCAGGUAUGGGAUAGAGUUUUGGGAUUGGUUGAGGGCGGCGUUAUGGGAUUCGGGGAUGGAAGAAGGAUUCAGGGAGGCAAGUAAGGAUAUUGAUUGGUCGGAUGAUGAGUCGAAGAAGUAAGUCGUUGGCAAAAACGAGGAGAUACACUUGCGGGAGGGAAGCAGGUGGCGGGCGGUUUGUCGGCCGUGGUGGCAGAGUGGGAUGUUUGUGGGCCAUGGACUGAUCAGGACGAUAUAUUAUGCUCAAGCAAUCUCUGCUCAUUAUCUGUCAUUCCAGAUGUACGUGCCAUUCGC